GUUUUUAUUUUUUUGUAAGAUUCCUAAAAUUAGAUAAUAACAACUGGAUAUAUAUACUAUAUGUGGAUACUAAAAUUCAUACUAGAAAUUUGGUUGUUUUAUAUUUGGAAAUCAGGAAAUAAAAAAUUUGUGGACACAAAAUCUAUAGAACACAAUAAUACAAUCAUGAGCAGAUCCAACAAUUAUUUUAGUAUGGGGCAUGCAGUUUAAAUCAUUUCUAAAACAGGGACACUUACAUAAAUUUUAAGUUAAUUACUGGAAAAAAAAAUCAGAGUGGGGGCACAUGCCACACCCAUGCCCUUUUUGGGUUCGUCCUUGGAUGUACUCAUGUUCAAGUUAACAUGAUGAUAAUAACUGUGUUUGCAAGAUCAAUAAAUAUUACAAGACUAAAACUAGCUAAACAAGGUCGAUGUGUUUGAGGGAGAGAACUCAAGGUCGAGUUGUAUAUGUGUGCUGGGAAUGUGCUUGUUCUCUCGUCUUCUUUUACUUUUUAUACUUGUCUAUGCCGUUUUAUGUCGGUAUUUUCUCACCUUGCUCAUUAGAUGACGAAGAUCUCGGGAUUCUCUUUCACUUCCUUCUGUGUGAAUUUCGCAACUUCUUGGAAUAUCCAUCGUCAUGUGUCAACAAAGCAGAAACAAUUCGGAUUCUCUAUGCGACAUCUUCUUCGUCGAGGUUGAAGUCAAACGUCACAACCAUCGUGAAGUCAUAUUCUUCUGGCUGAUUCAUGAUUUGGGCCAAUACUAUUUAUGUAAAUUAUAUACAUUAAAUUUUAAAACAAUAUAACUGCAAGUAUAAAAUAUUUCCACAUCAAAUUAAUAUAAAAAUUAACUAAUUUCAUAUAAAUAUGUAUAUUUUAAUCAAAAUUAAAUGCAAGUUCAAAAUGAAGUGUAAGUUCAAAACUCAAUGCAAGUGUAUCCUAACGAAUACAAAACUAAAAAGAAAGUAAAUAUUCGAAAUAUUCUUAAAUCCAAAAAUCAGCAUAAAUAUGUUAUUAACUUAUUAUCAAGUUUUAAAAUUUAAAUUGUUAAAUUUAUUUGUAUUCAAACGCGAUAAAAUACAUUAAAUCGGUUUAUUAGGAAAUAUCAUAAGAUAACAAAAAAAAGCCAAAAUAAAAUAAAAUUUCUCAUUUUUGAAUGAUUGGUAAAUCAAAAGUUGAAUUACUAAUAAAUUUAAGUUUUCAUUUUAUAAAAAAUAUUUUUUCUGGAAGUUAUUUAUGUACAUUGAGCAAGAAACCACCUAGUGGAUUUUAACUAUAACCACUACUAAAAUUGCCAGUUUUCUGCCACCAUCUGUGCAUUAAAAGUGAUGAGAAUAAGCAGCCAACAAGACUAUCAAAUAAGUCAUCUCAUUCGAGUACUCACCAUGACAUGGCUCAAUAUUUGAUCAAGAAGCCCCAUGAAAUUAUUCUAGAGGCUGAACAUGGAUCUUGUGGGACAAAUUUAAUCCAUCAUCGUACAUUCGUACACUGAGAUGGUGUACUAAGCCCACGACUCCAGGCUCCAGCUUUCUGCUGAUUCGAGGGAUUAUCUACACUUAGACCAAUUAGUUUUGCCAGAUAACAAGAAAAAGUCAAAUAAUCUCAAUCAUUACAAUCAAUAUUAUAUAAUCAAGUGUUAGAAAACAUGAGAGACGGCUAUGACUAAGACAUGCAAAGUCGCAUGUUGUACAAAGAAAAAAAAACGAAGACGAUUUGAUUAUAUUAUUUAGAACAAGAAAAUUAUGGACUGCUUAGACUUGAAAUUGCAUCUAGGCCAACUUGAUUAAUAUAUUGGUUUUGCUUCACGUAACUUAUAUACAAACCUUCUUUAAAACUUUAUGUAAACCAAAUUGUAAACAAGAAAAAAUAUCAUCAGCUAAGCAACGCUGGCAUCAAAUGUAUUUCAAAUGAUUAACGUCUAACAAAACUUUUAUAUAUGUGAAAGUUAUUAAACGCCACUAGUAUUUAUUAUCAUAUUUGAAGCCGCCCUUACCCAAGAAAAACCUAUAUGACAUAUAGCUUACAUUUAAACGUUGACUCUCCAACUUCAUCAACGUGAUGACCAAAAACAAAACAUUCACUCAUUUUCUCGUAUUCUCAUCAUUCAGAAAACACACAAAAAUUUAUUAAAAUCCAAUGGCUGCAAUGAAUACCACGCCUGACUCCGACCGGUAUAUACCAGCCACUGAUAGGAUCGGUGGCUUCGCUUACGGGCUAGGUGUCUCCAUUGGUAUACUUCUCCUCAUCACCACAAUCACCCUCGCUUCUUAUUAUUGCACAAGAACCCAUAUCUCCGCCUCUCCAACGACCACUCCGAGGACAAGACGCAGGCAAAGACAGGUCAAUGUAACUUCACUACCUGGCGAAGAACGUUUUCAUUUGGACGGUGACGAUCAAAACGACACCGUCGUGGUCGAAAUCUUGGGACUAAACGAUGAAGAAAUCAAGAGUUUCCCUAAGCUUCCUUACGAAGAGGCUCGCGUGAGUUAUAGCUUGCAAAAGGAUUCCACUGCGACGUCGUGUUGUUCUAUAUGUCUUGCGGAUUACAAGAAGACAGAUAUGAUCAGGGUUUUGCCAGAUUGUAACCAUUUGUUCCACGACAAGUGCGUUGACCCUUGGCUCAAGCUUCAUCCCACGUGUCCCGUGUGUCGUACGUCUCCCUUGCCGUCUCCGGCGAUGACACCUGUCGCCGACGACGUUACAUUUUCCCGCCGGCCCAUGGAUAUUUGACAUUUUUCCUCUUUCUUUUAUUUUUUUUAAUAUAUUUUGAUUCUUGUUGACAUUUAUUAGAGUAUAUUAUCUUCAAGCUGUAAAUUUCACGGGUGUUAUUUGGUUGCUUAUACAAAAUACAAACAAUAUUAGUGAUUUAUUUUGAGACGAUUUGUAAUGUUAAUAUGUACGUUUAAGAUUAUAAUAUAUAGCGAAAAUGUGGAAAAUAUACAUUUACCAUUUUAAUUCUACUUACAAAAGCAUUUUAAAAAUAUAAAAAAGAAGAGGAGAAAAAUUAAAUUAAGAAGAAAAGUAGUAUAUUAUACAGUCGAAGUUGUUUUACAAAAAAAAAAAAAUUAU